UUAGUGUAAACUUCUCUUGAUAUUACCCAAAACACAUGGGUGUCAUUGCAUACAGUUGGAGUAGUAUACAACGAGGCUGUUUAUAUUUAGUACGAAGUUGUUUGUAACUAUAAAUCUUAAGACAAUCGGAUGUCUAAACAUUUCCAAUUACUUUGAGCCAUUUAUCGGCCGAUAUCCAAGCAGUUUCUUUCCCAAACGAUGCGGACUAUCUCCUUUCCCUUUCCUCCGCAGCUGGAGGAUCUUCCCUCUCUCACUCACUAUCGAAAAUAUCCUUCCCUCCAUCCCCAAUUUUGAAAUAUUUAUUUCCCCCCUUCUCUAAUUCUUGUAUCUAAGCAAGCUCUCUCUCUUUCUGCAAAUCCAUGGCGGAUAUCGAAGCCCCUUCCUUUUCACUAUGCGAAUCCGUGGCGGAUUUCGAAGCCCCUUCGUUUUCACUAGGCAUUGAAUUGGACGCUGGUGAUCUUCCAUCCUCAGCAAGACGGGACCCAGAAGCUACACCUCAAACCCUAAUUGCAAGCUCCCUCACCUAUGAAGCCAAAGAAUUUGAACCUGAACUCAUCAUUUCAUCACCUGAUUCCCCAAAACAGUUUCGGAGCAAUGAAGCUGAGGUUUUUUAUCCAAAACGCCCCAAUUCAUCGCUGGAUUUGGUGAAAGAGUUGCAGAGCUCGGAACCUGAACCUGCGGUCCAUGUUCUGAACAGACUGAGACGAGGUCCUUCUCAGAGUGCUUCUAAGGUCAAGUGCAAACUGUCCCGUGACAAUGAGGAUGAUAUCGAGGAUAUCUCUUCAGAAGAGGAUUACCCUAACGCAGAUGACUAUCCAUCAACGCAAAAUCAUUUUGCAUGUAGCAGUUCAAGACUUUCACUCCAUGGACGUGGUGUUCUUACCUCACAAUUAACAAAUGACAGAAGAUCUGAGAAACCGUCAGUGGCCUCUGAUGCCUCUUUGCUUUCAAGUUUUGAUGGAAACAGUAAUAAGAAGGCAUUUCCAAGAAUUACCAUCAGUCCUAUAAGAAAAUUCCAGUUAUUGGAUUCAGAUUCAGAUGAUCCUUCUUCAAGUAAGGAUGUUCCUACAUCUGUUAAAAAGGUUGCUUCAGCUCAGGUGAAGGUUUCCCACUCUGUGCUUGAGAUUCACGAACAGAAGGGUGGAAAGAACUUGAAGAUACCUCAAUCACAGUCUUUAUGGAAAGAUUUUAGUGCAAAAGAAAGUGUGAAGUUGAAAACUCCGGCUUUGGACGAGUUUUGCAAGGAAUACUUCAGCACUGUCAAUGCUAGAAAUCCUGUUCAAUGUCAAAGGGAAGAUUCAAAUUCCAGCACUUCCAAGUUGUUUGUUUCAGACUCUUGUUUGAUUGAUGGCUUCGAUCAUAUUCAGGAAAAUGCUGCCCAUAAAAUCGUCCAUCGGCAUGAUAACGUAGGAGAUCCACUGCCUCCUGCUUAUGGAUACUUUUAUCAUGAUGAUCAAAGGAUAAGGGACUUAGUGCGGAGGCGUUUACCCUACUUUUGUCCUCUUGGUGCUGCCAACUUUGGGGGAAACUGCCGCUCUGAUGAAGUUCUCAUUGAUUACAUGAGUCAAUUUGGCCAAAGAGGUGGUCAAAAUCAGCCGCGUAGUACUUUGAAUGAGGGAAAUGAGGGCAGCUCUAAGAAGAAACGAAAAACUCAAAGCAAGGGAAAAGCUAAAAGGGCACCUCAAACUUCGGAUGGUUGGGUAAAUCCGAAAAGCGAAGUUAAUCCCCCGAAGGAUGCUGGAAAAAGGCGAGUUUCUGCAGAUGGGGUUUCUUCUGGCCAUUGGUAUACCGGUGAAGAUGGUAGAAAGGUUUAUGUCACGAAAAAUGGACAAGAACUGACAGGCCAAACUGCUUAUAGGCAUUACAGGAAAGAGAGCGGGAUGGGAUAUAAGAGGAAGAAGAAACCUGUAGCUAAGAAGAAAAUGAGGUGAUCAUUGUGCCUAUGUUGAAGGCUCUUCAGAAAGAGGUUUUGUGCCUGACAUGAGUUUCAGACAGAGAAGAUGAAACAUGUGUCUAAGAUCUCCAGGUCAUCAGUUAAAAGUUCUUUGGAAGGAGGUAUGCCUGAUUUCGGUCUGUUGAUUUUGCUGACUCUCGAGUCCUAGGUUCGCCCCAUAAUUCAAUGGGAAUUUCUCGUGUUCUAAGAAAAGAAUUGUUUUGCAGAGUGGCCUUUGGGCCUGGUGGUCGAGUUGCAGGGUUCCACAGGCCCACAACAUGAUGUAUAGAGAAAAAAAAAAAAAAAAAGCGAAAUUGUUUCGUUUUAUGCACUACAAAUUAUGUAAAGUUUUAGGGUUGUUCUUUAGGGGAAGGGUUGGUAAAUGGUGGGAUCAAACCACGGCUUUUAUAUUGGCCUCAAAGACCUAAACAACAAUCGAUGAGCUAUGCAGUAUCCAUGUAAAAUUUAGGAGUGAAAUUUGUCCA